CUUUUAACGAUUGCUGGUAGUGAUUCCAGUGGUGGUGCCGGUAUACAAGCAGAUUUGAAGACUUUCAAUAGUCUCCAGACAUAUGGACUCUCUGUCAUCACCGCGGUGACCUCUCAAAAUACCCAGGGCGUGACUGGCGUCGAGUCGAUCAGCACCUCGAUGGUAUACAAACAAAUUGAGGCUGUUGGUCUGGAUAUAAAUAUCGAUGCUAUUAAAACAGGCAUGCUUCACAGCUCCGAAAUCAUCGAUGCAGUGCAUAGGGGUUUGAUGCGGCUUUAUCCGGAUUCGGCUUCAAGACCAAUUCUAGUCAUAGACCCUGUGAUGGUCUCAACCUCCGGCCAUCAUCUUCUUCAGCCGGAUGCAGUCGAAACAUUAUCUAAAUUGCUUCUACCACUUGCAACCCUUGUGACACCGAACGUGGAUGAGGCGAUAAUUCUUUCUGGGUGGCGAAAUACGAACCGAAAGAUAUCCACCCUGGAAGACAUGAAAGCAUGUGCCAAGAUCAUUGGAAAAUCUGGUCCGAGAAGGGUACUCAUCACUGGAGGUCAUUUUUUGCCUGAGGACCCGAUGAUAACCGAUGUGUUAUAUGAGUCUGAUAUCGAUGCAUUCCAGGUAUUUUGUCAUCCGAUCGACACUCGCAACACUCAUGGAACAGGCUGUACACUAUCAGCCGCCCUCACUGUGUACCUGGCAAAGGGGUGGACUAUCGCAGCAGCAGUUGAUUGCGCGAUAAAAUUUGUGGCGGACGCAAUGGCAUUUUCUUUUGUGAUCGGAAAGGGAUCUGGACCACUUAACCAUCACCACAAUAUCAUCCAACGUCCACUAUCUUUGCCCAAUAAACAUACCCCAUACCCAUUUACGUCGAGCCUUGUUGAGGCAUGCCGCGAUCAAUGGACUACCUUUACCUCGACCCACAAAUUUCUCCAAGGCAUCAAGGACGGAACACUUCCUAAAGAGUGUUUCAAGUAUUUUUUACAACAAGAUUACAUCUUUUUGACGCACUAUGCUCGUAUCCAUUCCCUCAUGGGGUUUAAAUGUGAUUCCAUGCAAGAGAUUCAAGCCACUGCCAACAUUGUACAUCACAUAGCCGAAGAAAGUAAGCUGCAUAUAGAUAUAUGUAAAGCAUGGGGACUUUCGGAAGAUGACUUUCAUCGCACCCAAGAGUCAAAUCACACGAUAGCCUACACUCGGUAUGUGAUGGAUGUAGGCUUUAGCAAGUCACUAUUGCACCUACGCGUGGCGACUGCACCUUGUCUGUUAGGGUAUGGUGAGAUGGGUCUAAAUCUGCUUCAAGACCCUGCUACAGUCAAGGAAGGAAAUCCGUAUUGGGAUUGGAUCAACAAUUAUGCAGGUGAAAGAUUUCAAAAUGCUGUGAAGAUGGGUCGCGAUCUGUUAGAACAUUCUGUCAAGGAAGAUGUUCCCUCUGCUAACACCUUCACUGAAUUGCGUGGUAUCUUCACAAAAGCGGUCGCGCUCGAAAUCGAUUUUUGGCAGAUG